CAGGGUCAGCAUAGAGGAGCACAUGUAUGUUCUUCAGUUUCCUGCACUGUAAAACCCUGGCAAUACAUUAAAUGGGAUUUAAAGCGUCAUUGUCAAACACAAUAAAAAGGGAUGAUGCCGUCCUUGAUACCAGUACCACAGCCUUCCUACUCCCAGGCCAGGGAGAACUUUGUGAAGGCUAUCCCACCCAAGCUCCUGUGUCUGCUGGCCUGUGGAGGAGCAGACUGCCGCUAUGAAGGACCAGAGUGUUGGAAAUUAAAUCAACAGGCCAUCCGAGGCCUUUUCUCCUCCUGGGUGACGGAUGACAUAAUUGCCAUGGCCCGACCAGCUAGUCAUCUAAUUGAGAAGUACAACAUCAUUGAACAAUUUCAAAGGUUGAACAUCCGAUCGAUCAUCAACAUGCAGCUCCCCGGAGAGCAUGCUCACUGCGGACCUCCUCUAGACCCUGGGAGCGGUUUCACCUACUCUCCACAGAUCUUCAUGGACAAUGACAUUUACUUCUACAACUUUGGGAUGCAAGAUUUCGGGGUGUCCUCCCUCGUCAGUAUGAUUGAUGGGGUGAAGGUGUUGGCCUUUGCAGUGAGGGAAGGAAGGGUGGCUGUACACUGCCAUGCAGGCCUGGGCAGGACAGGUGUCCUGAUAGCCUGUUACCUGAUUUACACCCUGCGCAUCAGCCCGAGUGAGGCCGUCCACUACGUGAGGAUUAAAAGGCCUCGCUCUAUCCAAACCCGGGCGCAGCUCAGCCAGGUGUCUGACUUUGCUCGCCUGCUCAGCACACAGCUGGUCCAGUACCCGGACCCCAGCAUGCGGCAUGGAGCCCCCUUCACCCUGCAGCACUACCUCAACCGACAGGCAAUAAUGCUGCACGGCCAGGAGGCACGCACCCUCAGACACACACCCAAGGUGGUGUACCUCCUGUGCGUGCAUCUGUCCUGCUUAGCCCUGGGUCUCCCUGCUCCUCCAGAGAUCCAGGCUGAGCUAGAGAAGAGGUCAGUACUGAGGACCUUGAACAGGACUGUUAGGGAGACACUGGUGUGCAAACAGUACUUGCCCUUACUGAGGGAGGGUCACAAGGGAGCGUGGGUGAGCUCAGGGUCGGUGUCCUCAUGGGACGAGCCAAUGGCCUUCUUGGAGAGGAAGAGAGAGGUGCUGCUGGACAGACGCAGCUACAGCGAAACUGACCUCAGCAAGAUCGCAGCAAUUGAGGAUCUGGAGUUGAGUCCACACUGCACUCCGGAACUUAGAAAUGAGAGACAGUGGUCCGUAGAGAAUCUGAUACGCCUUGAUAUGAGACCUGCUAGUCCAUUGCUUGCAACACUUUCACCAGGCCAUCAGACCAGCAAUUGGGCCUCUCAUACACUCAAAAUCCCAAGAUCUAGCAUGACAACAAACAACUGUGCUAAGAGGUCUAGACACCAAGUGAACAUGCCACUUCCUAAGUAUAGCUCUAACUCGGAGUUUUCUCGAAAUCCACAUUACCCUGGCCCAACCUCGGUCGCCCGUACUGUUGCCAAGGCGAUGGCAGACCUUGGUCUUCGAGGAGAAACCAUACUGCAAAGAUCAGAUCUGCUGCAGGAGGAACUGAACAGCAGCGACUGUGGCUGGGCUCUGCUCGUCACCGAGUCAGAUCCUCAGGUUCUCAGUUGUCUGUUAUGGACGUGGCUGGAAAAGUUGAGGGUUAGUGCCGGGUUCAUUCAGUUAGGUCGCACUUCCCUUGCUCUCGCUAAUGUUUCUCUCUGUCCUGUCUCUGAUUCCUCGGCACUCAUCCAGGAACCAGUUCUGAGUGCAGAAGAUGUAACAAAUUUGAGCUGUGGAGCAAACAUCGCAAAGUCUCUCAGUGUGCUCAAUAAGCCACAGAGACACACCAUCUACUGUCUACUGAGCUGUGUGAGCACAGUGACCAGCUUAUGUCCACACAGAGAGGAUGCAGUGCUGCAACGGCUGGCGCGAGCGCUUACAAGGCAGGAGGAGGUGGGAAGCAUUGCAGCUUUGACGAAGGUCCUGAAGGCGAGUUUGAGAGAAACCUUCCACAACUCUACGUACCUCAGGAGGGCCUGCAGCACUAAUGCUGCCCUUUGAAGAGUCUAUAACUUUAAGCCACAUCUGAAAGAGACAUCUUAUCUAAAAAGUAUGUCUUCUUUUGCACCUGAAUGUGGGCAAAUUCAAUGUCAGAAGCAUUACGACAUUACAUUUCUGCUAUAAUAGGAAGUCUGAUUAGGUUAUAGUAUUAUUUUUGGCAAGAUUUGGCUUCUGAAAACCCAGUGCCCAAACCUUACUGAUAGGUUCCAAUUAUUUCUUCCCUUUACAAAAGAUAUACAGAGAGUACACACUCUAUGUUAAAUAAACAC